CGCGGAGCUUCUCGGUUGCGGGCUGAAACGGCAGGCGGCUGGAGGGCGCUCGAACGGCCAGGUGCUGUGAUUAAAUUAGUCGGCCCUCAGAGACAGCCAUCCUACCUCCUUUAUCUAGGCCUCAAAAGCCCGUCGUGUGUCCGUGGUGGCCUCUUCACCUUCCCUGUUCUGUCCUCCACUGCAUGGCCCAGACAUGAGCGGUCCCCUAGAAGGGGCUGAUGGGGGAGGAGACCCCAGGCCCGGAGAACCUUUUUGUUCUGGAGGAGUCCCGUCUCCUGGGGCCCCACAGCAUCGGCCUUGUCCAGGCCCCAGCCUGGCUGAUGACACUGAUGCGAACAGCAAUGGCUCAAGUGGCAAUGAAUCCAAUGGACAUGAGUCCAGGGGUGCAUCGCAACGGAGUUCUCACAGUUCCUCUUCUGGCAAUGGCAAGGACUCAGCUCUGCUGGAGACCACUGAGAGCAGCAAGAGUACAAACUCACAGAGCCCAUCCCCACCCAGCAGCUCCAUCGCCUAUAGCCUCCUGAGUGCAAGCUCAGAGCAGGACAACCCAUCUACCAGUGGCUGCAGCAGUGAACAGUCAGCUCGAGCCAGGACCCAGAAAGAACUUAUGACUGCACUUCGGGAGCUCAAGCUUCGACUGCCACCAGAGCGUCGGGGCAAGGGCCGCUCUGGGACCCUGGCCACACUCCAGUAUGCUCUGGCCUGUGUCAAGCAGGUGCAGGCUAACCAGGAAUAUUACCAGCAGUGGAGUCUGGAGGAGGGUGAGCCUUGUGCCAUGGACAUGUCUACUUACACCCUGGAGGAAUUGGAGCAUAUCACAUCCGAAUACACUCUUCGAAACCAGGAUACCUUCUCUGUGGCCGUGUCCUUCCUGACAGGCCGAAUUGUCUAUAUUUCGGAGCAGGCAGGUGUCCUGCUGCGUUGUAAACGGGACGUGUUUCGGGGUGCCCGCUUCUCAGAGCUCCUAGCUCCCCAGGAUGUGGGUGUCUUCUAUGGCUCUACUACACCAUCUCGAUUGCCCACCUGGGGCGCUGGCACCUCUGCAGGUUCAGGCCUUAAGGACUUCACCCAGGAAAAGUCUGUCUUCUGCCGAAUCAGAGGAGGUCCUGACCGGGAUCCAGGGCCUUGGUACCAGCCAUUCCGACUAACCCCAUAUGUGACCAAGAUUCGGGUCUCAGAUGGGGCCCCUGCACAGCCGUGCUGCCUCCUCAUUGCAGAGCGCAUCCACUCUGGUUAUGAAGCUCCCCGGAUCCCUCCCGACAAGAGGGUCUUCACCACACGGCACACACCAAGCUGCCUCUUCCAGGAUGUAGACGAAAGGGCUGCCCCAUUGCUGGGUUACCUACCCCAGGAUCUCCUGGGGGCUCCAGUACUUCUCUUUCUACAUCCCGAGGACCGGCCCCUCAUGCUGGCCAUUCAUAAGAAGAUUCUGCAGCUGGCAGGCCAGCCCUUUGACCACUCCCCUAUCCGCUUUUGUGCUCGGAAUGGGGAGUAUGUCACCAUGGACACCAGCUGGGCCGGCUUUGUGCACCCCUGGAGCCGCAAGGUGGCUUUCGUGUUGGGCCGUCAUAAAGUGCGCACGGCACCCCUGAAUGAGGACGUCUUCACUCCCCCAGCUCCCAGCCUAGCUCCCUCCCUGGACUCUGAUAUCCAGGAGCUCUCAGAGCAAAUCCAUCGAUUGCUGCUGCAGCCUGUGCACAGCUCCAGCCCCACAGGGGUCUGUGGAGUUGGCCCUCUGAUGUCCCCUGGUCCUCUACACAGCCCUGGCUCCUCCAGUGAUAGCAAUGGGGGCGAUGCUGAGGGGCCUGGGCCUCCUGCUCCAGUGACUUUCCAGCAGAUCUGUAAGGAUGUGCAUCUGGUAAAGCACCAGGGACAACAGCUCUUCAUUGAGUCCCGGGCGAAGCCUCCGACCCGGCCCCGCCUCCUUGCUACAGGUACACUCAAGGCCAAAGUCCUUCCCUCCCAGUCCCCAAGCCCUGAACUGGAGGUGGCCCCUGCUCCUGACCAAGCCUCAGUAGCACUGGCCCAUGAGGAGCCAGAGAGGAAAGAAGCCUCUAGCUGUUCCUACCAGCAGAUCAACUGCCUGGACAGCAUCCUCAGGUAUUUGGAGAGCUGUAACAUUCCCAGCACAACCAAGCGUAAAUGUGCCUCCUCCUCUUCCUACACUGCCUCUUCAGCCUCUGAUGAUGACAAGCAGAGGGCGGGUCCAGUUCCUGUGGGGGCCAAGAAAGAUCCGUCGUCAGCAGUGCUGUCUGGGGAGGGGGCACCUCCUCGGAAGGAGCCAGUGGUGGGAGGCACCCUGAGCCCGCUCGCCCUGGCCAAUAAGGCAGAGAGCGUGGCGUCCGUCACCAGUCAGUGUAGCUUCAGCUCUACCAUCGUCCAUGUGGGAGACAAGAAGCCCCCGGAGUCGGAUAUCAUCAUGAUGGAAGACCUGCCUGGCCUGGCCCCUGGCCCAGCCCCAAGUCCGGCUCCCAGCCCCACAGUAGCCCCUGACCCAGCCCCAGAUGCUUAUCGCCCAGUGGGUCUGACUAAGGCCGUGCUGUCCCUGCACACACAGAAGGAAGAGCAAGCCUUCCUCAGCCGCUUCAGAGACCUUGGCAGACUUCGUGGACUUGACACCUCCUCUGUGGCCCCCUCAGCCCCUGGUGAGCGAGGCUGCCACCAUGGUCCCAUCCCCCCUGGUCGCCGACACCACUGCCGAUCUAAAGCAAAGCGUUCUCGCCACCACCAGACCCCCCGGCCCGAAACUCCCUGCUGUGCCUCCCAUCCUUCACCUGUGCCCUCUUCUGCACCCUGGCCACCCCCACCAGCCACUACCCACUUCCCAGCAGUGGUCCAGCCCUACCCGCUCCCAGUGUUCUCCCCUCGAGGAGGACCCCAGCCACUUCCCCCUGCCCCCACAUCUGUGUCCCCUGCUACCUUCCCUUCUCCCUUAGUGACCCCAAUGGUGGCCUUGGUGCUCCCUAACUAUUUAUUCCCUACCCCACCUAGCUAUCCAUUUGGGGUGUCCCAGGCCCCCGUUGAGGGGCCACCUACGCCUGCUUCCCACUCACCUUCUCCAUCCCUGCCCCCACCACCUCCCAGCCCCCCACACCGCCCAGACUCCCCACUGUUCAACUCAAGAUGCAGUUCCCCACUCCAGCUCAAUCUGCUGCAGCUUGAGGAGUCCUCCCGCACUGAUGGGGGUGCUGCUGCAGGAGGCCCUGGAAGCAGCGCUGGGCCCCUGCCUCCCAAUGAUGAGGAGUCUGCUGAGCCAGAGGCCAGACUGGUGGAGGUGACCGAGUCAUCCAAUCAGGACGCACUUUCUGGCUCCAGCGACCUGCUAGAGCUACUGCUACAAGAAGACUCUCGCUCUGGCACAGGCUCCGCAGCCUCAGGCUCCCUGGGUUCUGGCCUGGGCUCUGGGUCUGGUUCAGGAUCCCACGAAGGAGGAAGCACCUCAGCCAGCAUCACUCGCAGCAGUCAGAGCAGCCAUACAAGCAAGUACUUUGGCAGCAUUGACUCUUCAGAGGCUGAAGCUGGGUCUGCUCAGGCCAGGACUGAGCCUGGGGACCAGGUCAUUAAGUACGUGCUCCAGGACCCCAUCUGGCUGCUUAUGGCCAAUGCUGACCAGCAUGUCAUGAUGACGUACCAGGUGCCGUCCAGGGAUGCAGCCUCUGUGCUGAAGCAAGACCGGGAGAGGCUCCGGGCCAUGCAGAAACAACAGCCACGGUUCUCAGAGGACCAGCGGCGGGAACUGGGUGCUGUGCACUCCUGGGUCCGGAAGGGCCAGCUGCCUCGGGCCCUUGAUGUGAUGGCUUGUGUGGACUGUGGUAGCAGCAUUCAAGAUCCUGGCCACUCCGAUGACCCACUGUUCUCAGAACUGGAUGGAUUGGGGCUGGAGCCCAUGGAAGAGGGUGGAGGCGAGGGUGGUGGGGGUGGGGUUGGUGAGGGUGGUGGGGGUGGGGGUGAUGGUGGUGAGGAGGCCCAGACCCAAACUGGGGCUAAGGGUUCAAGCUCUCAGGACUCUGCCAUGGAAGAAGAAGAACAAGGUGGGGGCUCAUCCAGUCCAGCUUUACCUGCAGAAGAAAAUGGCACCAGCUAGGCUCCGUUUUGGGGCCACUUAACAGCAGUCUAAUGAGAGGCUUCCUUUCAACCAUGUUGGGGUUCUUAGAACUCAAGACAUAGCUGGACCGACCAAUAGGAAACUGCCCCAGCUUCUCCCAACAUAGGGGGCAGGACCCCCAUUACCAGCCCAAGACCCAGGAGCUGCCUCUAGCCUCUUAGCAGAGUGGAAGUUUUCAGCCCAAUUUGGAGGAUUGGCCGCUCCCAUCCUGCUGAGGAGACAGAUGGUUCUUUGUCUGGUUAAGGUUGCUGACAAGCUGCUGAAGUGGCCUCUCUUCAAAUCCCAGCUGAGCCUGAGUCCCAGUCGCAGGGUUGGGGCUGCACUUAUUUAUUGGGGGAGACAGCUCACUCUCCCACCUCACCCCGAGAUGGGAGGAGGGGAGCCUGGGAUCUGUGUAGGAUCUAGGUUCCUGAACCCCUAGCUGCUCCAGGGUGGGGGAGGUUGGUGGACCAUGGAGUCCCUGGUGCUGCCCCUCAGGUGGGACCCAGGUGUUCUCAGCUCUACCCUCUACCAAUGACAUUUGUGUUUUUGAUAUUGUGUCUGUUAUUUUUUUUUUUUUUUUAAUACAAAAUGAAAAACCAAAAACCCAAGACUUUGUGAAGUGAAGUUGGGAGUUUGGGUGAGGGGAGGGGUGGCCCUGGCCCCAGCACUGUAAGUGGUAGACCGCCAUUCCUUUCUCCUCCACAUCCCCGGAAGCUAAGGACUUUGUAAACUCUUACACUUAACACAACUACGCUCUCUACCAUUACCUUAGCUUGGUUAUUUUGAGAAGCAAAGGAGCAACGUGGCUAAGGUCUUGGCAAGCCCCAGUCGUAGGUACGGUGGCAGAAAUAAGUGGAUGCGCUGGGAGCUCUGAGCUGACUUCUAAAGUUUUGUUAGCACACCAGAAAUAGC